CUCCGGAUCCUAGAGGCUGAAGAAGAGUCAAGCUACAGCAACAUGGCUAGCAGCUCCAGAAAUGGAAAGCCAGGACGGAAGCAGGUUGCUACGGUGUCUCGGUUGAAGAGACCGCAGAAUGUCGUUCCUUGGCAGAGCAAGGCUGAAUGGGACCAAGUGAUGGUGGGGCUGUAUUGUGAGGACUGCCAGACACAGCGAGACGCACUAGACAGAGUGUCUGUCUGGAAGAGCAGGUUCGGGCACAAGAUGCCUUUGGCUGUGGAAUGCACUGCCGAUCUGAUCCGCUGUAAGCUCCUAGAUGCCUCUGGAGUUCUGAAAUCCCAUGAAUUGAUUCUUACAUAUGGCCUGGCGUUAGUGAGGUUUGUGAAUCUCAUCACCGAGCGGAAGCAGAGGAUGGUGGCCAUUCCGCUAAGGCAUCUAGCAAAAGAGCUGAACAUCCCAACCUGGAUCGUGGAUCUCCGUCACGAUCUGACUCACGGCACCCUUCCCCAGCUGGUCACUUGCCGAAAAGGCCGCGAUACUGUGCUGGACUGGCUUCGGCGCUCCUAUUGGCGCUGCCAGCUGGGCAACAGUUCAGUUGAAGAAGGUGAGGAGGAAGCCGAAGAAUCCUCAGAAACAGACGGUGACGAUGAGACGGACAGCAGUCAAGAAGAUCCAGAGAAGACGCUCGGUGAGCAGAAGCACCAGGAACUCUGUGGGAGAGUCAGAGAUGUUUUGACUUCCUAUAACAAUCAGCGACUUGAGGUUCUGGGGAAGCAACCAAACAUCAAUCAGGCCUGCAAGGUUUGGAGCACAGCUACUUCAGAGGUGGAGUGGGUCAUGGCCCAGAUGAAAGAUUUAUUACAAGAAAACAGGGAAGGUGUGGCUGAGACGUUGCUGGAAGAUGGCUUUCUCAUUCCAACUGCAGACACGCUGCAGAUCUUGAGCGUUCACCCUCAAGAAACUCACAAGUGGGAUUUUAAGAUCCCUCGAGUGUUUCUUCGUUACUGGCAGCCCCUGCUGAAAGGUUUGCACUCCAGAAAUUUCACUCAGACUCUGCUGGAGAAAAUGUUUAAUGAGUUGAAGGCACACCCAAGGAUCCCAUCACUUCGGUUUCAGUACCUCAUCAACUGGAUCACAAAAAUUCUGAAGGCCAACUUGCAAGUUAAGAAGAAGUUAAAGUCUUCCAGAGCAAAGAAGAAACAAAGCUGCCUAAGACUGUUUCACCGCCAUAUUUCAUUGCAGUGGCUGAAGCUCCUCAGGGAUUGCCUCGAAGCACCUUGCUGGGCAAGUCCCCAUCUCUUGCAUCUGAUUCUGCUGAGUAUGGAGCCGCCCUUGCCGGAUGACGCUCAAGAGAAACUUCUCUACCUCGCUUCUGUUUACACCCAAGAAGAGGGCUCCCUUCCCAGUUCCGGCUCAACUCUGGACUUUGGCAGGCAGCCCGUUUACACUGUGGAGAGCUUACUGAAGCUCAGUGCUGCUGCCCGCAGAUUCCUGAAGAGAGCAGGGAGGCGAGGGCUGCUGCUGGGAAGAGUCAAAGAGGAAGGGUUGGCGGAGGAGGAGGAGGAGGAGGAGGACGAAGAAGACAUGGACACUCAGUCACCGUCACAGCAAGAACCUCUCUUGCUGGAGGACCCAGGAGCUUUGGCCGAGAAAAGGAAAGCGCUUCAGGGCACAGCCUGGCAGGUCAGCUCAGAUGAGCUGAAAUGGAGAAAUUUUCCCCUGGGAAAACUGCCUGGCCAAACAGAUGAUCCUGAUACCCUGGUAGUGGAUAACUACACCGUGAUGUCGGCUCUCGACCAGCUGGGGCACGGAGACAGGAAAAGUUCCCCCGACAGCGUCUCAUCAGAAUGGCCUGGCUUUCUCACAGCGGGACUCUUAUGGACCCAGAGCGAGCUUCAUAAGUUAAGGAGCGGGAUUCAGCUUUUCUGAGGGGGCGAUUCCGCGCCAACGACACAACCUAAAGGGAGGCUUUUCUUGCUGCUCGAGGAAGAAUGCUGUGCCUGCUCUUUGCAAGUUAUUUUGGUGCAAUGCAGCUAAUUCUCCAUACUAGAUGGUUCCUCCUGGACAUUUAAGGGCUGUGGAGAGGCGGGCACAGCUAAUCCGCAAAACAGAACUGCUCACUGCUUAAACUCAUUCUUGCAUUUCAAUAAAAUGUUUCGUAUUUUUG